GACAUUGAAUACUUACAGAUUCUAACUUGCAAAGAGUAGAGUUUGUUAGCUGCAGUGGAUCGAUGUGUACAUUCUGUGCUUUUUAAUUUAUAUUGCUACAUAAAUAGCAUUGGAUGCAAAUCUAGAUGUUAACUGCCUUUUUAAUACUUUUUCCCUGUGUCACUCAAUUUAAAUAUUCUUCCAACUCAUUUUCAUUCUCAAACAGUUAAAGCUAAACACAAGUCUACAGUACAGUGUGUGCAGGUCUAUUAUUAACUGCUUGUUGCUAAUAGUGUCUCACAGAAACCUGAAACACACAACCAGUUAUGUAAUUCCCGUGUUUCUUCACAUGGUUCCAGUUAAAGGUGAAUACAGUAGAUGUGCCUCACCCAGCAGCUGGAACAUUUUAUUGGUCUCUCAGCUCUUGGCUCUGUAUCACAAACACAAACACAUCUGGUAUAUCUCCCAUAGCAUUUAAUACACUUCUAUACUGCAGACAGACGACCUUGUUGACACUUCAACAUCUUUUUUUGGGAGAUUUAAAAUGCACAAAGUUGUAUCUUUAUCAUAAUAUAACAAAAAUGUUGCUUUGUUCUAUACGUUUUAUCCCGUCUGUUAUAUAACAUCCUAUUUUCCCACAGUUUGAGUUUGUGAGCAAGUGAUGCGUCACCACUUCAGCUGUGCACUACUCGCUGCACUGACUUGACUGUAAUGACAUCACAGUGAAAGUAUUUGUUGGCAGUGUAGGCCUACUUGCUAAACAGGGCGGAUGUUAUGGACUAUGAUUCACUGUACGCUGCACAUUUCUCUGCUGCUCCUCUCUUGGAGAAUGCUAUCUCUCCCGAUUAUUAGAAAAUCAUGUAGGGAAGUUUGUGCACUCUCAUGCGGAAAAAGGACUUGGACAGAGCUGAAAAAUGCCCAUGGGUCAUAAUUUCUCAACUGUGACCAUCAUGCUCCAGAUGUGUGUGAUGUUGUGUUUGCUGUCGGCUGUCAUCUCCCAGUCAACAAAUUCCUCGACCAAGAGAGGUCGCAACUUCACCAUCCACUCCUCCCAGCUGGUCUGCAGUCUGCCAGGCCCAGCGGGGCCCGCCGGGAACCCCGGAGUCCCUGGAUCACUGGGGGCCAUGGGCCCCAUGGGGCCCCCAGGGAAGGAUGGCCCGGACGGGAAGGAUGGAGAGAAGGGAGAAAAGGGAGGUCAAGGCGAUCCAGGGAGGACGGGGAACCUAGGCAAGCCAGGGGUUAAAGGGCGUGAAGGGGUCAUCGGCAAGGCUGGACCUCGAGGACUGAGGGGUCUGCGAGGAACAACGGGGGUAACUGGACAACGAGGAGAGAAAGGAGAGCUGGGUGACGUGGGCCAGCAAGGAGCCCCGGGAGGGUGUAACUGUGGCAGUGCGGCCCGGUCAGCCUUCUCUGUGGCUGUGACAAAGAGCUACCCUAAAGAGCGACUGCCCAUCCGCUUCAGCCGGAUUCUGCUGAAUGAGGGCGAUCACUACAACGUCACCAGUGGGAAGUUUGUCUGUGCUGUCCCCGGGGUCUACUACUUCACAUAUGAUAUCACUCUGGCAAACAAGCACCUGGCCAUCGGGCUGGUCCACAACGGACAGUACAAGAUCAAGACAUUCGAUGCAAACACAGGGAACCAUGAUGUGGCGUCUGGGUCUACUGUUCUCCACCUGCAGGAGUCAGACCAGGUCUGGCUGCAGAUCUUCUACUCGGAGCAGAACGGACUCUUCUUUGACCCUUUCUGGACAGACAGCACCUUCACUGGCUUCCUUAUCUAUGCUGACCAGGACUAUCUCAAGGAGGCGGAGAGAAAAGCUAAUACUGAGGAUGACAGUUAAUCCUGAGAUGUCUUUAUUUUAUUUUAAUAAUUGGCUUUAUUUCCUACCAAAAUGUUGUGAAAAUGUGAUUGCUCCACAAUGGUAGGCUUCAGUGAAAUUCAGGGGUUUAACGAGUUCUGACAGCAGGGGGUGCACAAGGAAAGAAAAGGCAACCACAGUUGGGGAACCACUUAAAUUGUUCAACUUUGAAAAGCCCUGUGUGUUAUCUGCAGUAUCAUUCAUGCUAUGAUCCUGACGAAAUCUUUAAAUUUCUCCAGUAAGAAUUAUUUUCAUUCCUCUGGUUUGUUUAACUUUAUCUUACAGGAGCUGCAAGGUUUCCACAGGUUUUUAUUCUGUUAAUAGAAGGUGGCACAAAGCCAUCUUCUGUAAUGCAGAUUUUUUUAAUACACAAAGACAACAUACAAAGUGAAAUUAAACCAAUAUUGCUAUAGUAUUGUAAAGUAUAAUGGUAUAAUGUAUUCCUGAGCACACAUGAUGAUGUGUGUGCCAUUUGAUGCCCCUAAAUUCAGUUAAACCAAGAAAAUUGGCUCUUUGACAAGUGAACAUCAAAUACUUGAUACUGUAAUUUCUACAUUUUUAACAUGCAGUGAUGUAUUAAACAAUUGACUUGACACAACUAAUAAUGGCUAA